UGCGAUGUCACUGUUUAGCAAUCCCUAAAUUACCUUCUUUAUGGAUUACGCAAUAAAUUUAAGCCGACUUUAUAUUUUAAGCAGAUAUUACCGUAGAACUUAUGCUUUAUCCACAGGUUAAUUUUUGUUGAACCUGUGCAUAAACUAGCAGCAAUAAAGUACUCCACAAGUAGCUCUCCAGGACAGGAUUUGCAUUUAUCUGUUUAAGAGUUUAGCUGAAAAGUCACUAGGAGGCAGCAGCAUUUCUUCUGAUUACUUUGCUGCUGCCUUCACUAGUGUCAAAUUUCACAUCCUGACCAACAUGAAGUUAUACAUGAAACAAGUUUGCGGUCUUCUGUUUGUUGUUUUUCUUGGCGUUACUGCAGAUUUGCAAGCACCACAGGUCCAAACCAGGCUGGGCAGACUGAGAGGUCAGUAUGUGAGCGUAAAGGGGAAGGAGGCCGACGUCCACGCCUUCCUGGGCGUCCCCUUUGCUAAGCCUCCCCUCGGCCCCACCCUGAGACUGGCCGCACCUCAGCCUGCAGAGGGAUGGCAAGGACUGAGAGACGCCACAAAGCAACCCAACAUGUGCAUUCAAAGUAUGGAUGUUGCCAAUGAGCUGAUUGAUCUGCUCGGUUUGCUGAUAUCAGAAGUUCCAGAGCUUUCAGAAGACUGUCUGUACCUCAACAUUUACAGUCCUGCAAAUAAAGCUCCUGAUGCCAAGCUCCCUGUCAUGGUGUGGAUCCACGGUGGAGGCUUUGUGAUUGGAUCUGCUUCAUCAUUUGAUGGUUCUGCUCUGGCCGCUUACCAGGAUGUUGUUGUGGUUCUGAUCCAGUAUCGACUGGGAGUUCUGGGCUUUCUCAGCACUGGAGACGAGCAUAUGCCAGGAAACUUUGGCCUUUUGGACCAGAUCCAAGCCCUGAAGUGGGUCAAGGAGAACAUUCACAGCUUUGGAGGAAACCCAGAUUUGGUCACCAUAUUUGGGGUGUCUGCUGGUGGUAUUAGUGUUUCACUCUUACUUCUGUCUCCGUUAUCUGAUGGCCUGUUUCACCGAGCCAUUGCUCAGAGUGGUACAGCUGCAAUGGAUGUCCUGAUGAAUGAUCCUGUACCAGUAAUGCAGGCAGUUGCAAACGCUUCAGGCUGUAGUCUUGAAAGCACAGAGAAGAUUGCUAUAUGCAUGAGAAACCUGGACACUGACACCAUAUUGGCAUGGAAGGAUCCAUUUAUGAGAUAUCCAAUACAUGUUGAUGGCCACUUCCUGACUGAGCCCGUGCCUGAGCUGCUCCAGAAGCACAAACUCCUCACUGUGCCAUUCAUAAUCGGCGUUAAUAAUCAUGAAGGAGGUUUUGUUGUUGGUGAUCACUUUGCUCCUCCAAACUGGACAGAAGGAAUGGAUCGAGAGCAGGUUGUGGACCUGGUGUCUAUGUUCUACCCCCUUGCCCAAGUUGCAGCCAUUGGAGAUCUGAUUGUGACGACGUAUGUUCGGAUCUGGUGAAAACCGCAUCAGAAACAGAGAUGGAUACACUGAAUUCAUAGGAGAUUUCCUUUUUUCCACGCCAGCCGUGAAAGUAGUAAAUGCUCACAGAGAUGCAGGUGCUGAUGUGUUCUUAUAUGAAUACCAUCAUGCUCCCAAGUUUCAAAAGAAAAGAAGGCCCAGCUUUGUUAAGUGCGACCAUCUAGAUGAGGUCUUUAUGGUGCAGGGAU